AUGUCCAUGAUGGGAAGAUGCCGUGUGCCUCGUCUCUUGGUUCUUCUCACACUGGUGUUUAGCGGGGAGAGAACCGUGGCACAGAGAGCAGGUUGCAAGAGUGUUCAUUACGACCUUGUCUUCCUCUUGGACGCCUCCUCCAGCGUUGGCAAAGAAGAUUUUGAGAAAGUUCGUCAGUGGGUGUCUAAUUUGGUGGAAACUUUUGAGAUUGGCCCAGACAAAACCCGUGUUGGUGUAGUGCGAUACAGUGAUCGUCCAACCACAGAGUUCGACCUGGGAAUGUACAAAACCUGUGAGGAAAUCAAAGAGGCUGCACGAAAGAUUCAGUAUUAUGGGGGUAACACAAACACUGGAGAUGCUCUCAGGUACAUCACCACCUACAGUUUUUCCAAAGAAGCUGGUGGGAGACUUAGUGAUCGAACUGUUAAAAAAGUGGCUAUUCUUUUGACUGAUGGAAGGAGCCAGGAUUUUGUCUUGGAUCCAGCCACUGCAGCCCAUCAGGCUGGGAUUAGGAUUUUUGCUGUUGGUGUUGGAGAAGCCUUAAAAGAUGAACUUGAUGAGAUUGCUUCAGAGCCCAAGUCUGCUCACGUGUUUCAUGUCUCUGAUUACAACGCCAUUGAUAAAAUUCGGGGGAAGCUGAGGAGGCGUCUCUGUGAGAAUGUCCUGUGUCCAAAUGUCCACGUGGAAGGAGACCGGUUCAAACACACCAAUGGGGGGACUGAUGAGAUUCCAGGAUUUGACCUGAUGGAUUCAUUCAGCGUGAAGCAGAUUUUUGGAAUGAAAGAAGAUGGGGUUCAGAGUGCUUAUGUACGGCUUGGAAGCUUUCCUGUUGUUCAGAAAACUGAGGAUGUAUUUCCACAAGGCCUGCCUGAUGAAUAUGCCUUUGUAACUACCUUCAAAUUCCGGAAGGCUUCCAGGAAGGAAGACUGGUAUAUCUGGCAGAUUAUUGACAAGUAUGGCAUACCACAGGUCUCAAUCCGGCUGGACGGAGAGAACAAAGCUGUGGAGUACAACGCCGUGGGGCUCACCAAGGAUGCUGUCAGGGUGGUCUUCAGGAGCACACGGGUCAGUGACCUGUUCGACCGAAACUGGCACAAAAUCGCCCUCAGCAUCCAGUCCAAGGCUGUCUCACUGUACAUAGACUGCAAGCUGGUGCAGGUGCUGCCCAUUGAAGACAGGGAAAACAUUGACAUUCAAGGAAAGACUGUGAUUGGAAAACGCUUGUAUGACAGUGUCCCCAUUGAUUUUGAUCUUCAGCGGAUGGUGAUUUACUGUGAUUCCCGGCACGCCGAGCUGGAGACCUGCUGUGACAUUCCCUCUGGACCAUGCCAGGUCACGGUCCUGACGGAAGCACCUCCCCUGGAAGUGAGGCCCACUGUUGGCAGUGAGCAAGUAGGACAUCUCAAAAUUUUCAACUGCUCCUGUCCUCCUGGACAAAAGGGGGAGAGGGGUCCACUUGGCUUUGAAGGUCCCAAAGGUCAGAAGGGAGAAAGAGGCAUCCCAGGGCUUCCUGGACUCCGAGGAGAAAAAGGAGACUCAGGCAAAGCCUAUGGCAUAGGAGAAAAAGGAGAAAAGGGUUCCCUGGGCUCACCUGGCCCCCCCGGGAGGGAUGGAGCAAAAGGAGAAGCUGGUGAACCAGGACGACCAGGAGCAUUUGGACUGCCUGGGCCAGCAGGUCCAAAGGGAUCUGAGGGAAAACAGGGUCCUCCAGGCAUUAAAGGCUACGUAGGCGCACCGGGUCUACAAGGAGAAAGAGGAGAAAAGGGAACACGAGGAGACAAGGGAGACAGAGGCCUGGAUGGGUUCCCUGGAAAGCCAGGAGUGGAGGGGAAACAGGGCCCUCCUGGCAGCCCCGGCCCUCCUGGUGCUACUGGGACCAAAGGAGACAAGGGUGCUGCUGGUGAACCAGGACUUCCAGGACUGCCUGGCACUUCAGUGCAUACUGAAGGCCUAAAAGGAGAGGAAGGAAAGCCUGGACCACGAGGACCACAAGGCCAACCUGGACUUCCUGGACCUCCAGGAGAGCCAGGCCUGGAAGGCAAGCCUGGAGUCCCUGGUUUGCCAGGUCAAAGGGGUAAAAAGGGAGAACCAGGAUUCCCAGGAAUCAAUGGUCUGAUUGGCCCUCAGGGACCUCCAGGGCCCCCAGGUACUGCUGGACCACUGGGACCACCUGGGCCACCGGGACUGCCAGGAGAGAUUGGAGUUUCUGGUAAAACUGGACCACCUGGACCAUCUGGGCUGCCUGGAAAAGAUGGGCUUCCAGGGCUUCCAGGGCUUCCGGGUCAAAAGGGAGAACGGGGGGAAAAGGGUGAGGAAGGCUUUCCUGGAAAAGCUGGCCCUAAGGGCGAACCAGGAAGCCGUGGCCAACCUGGUGAGCAGGGUGAAGCGGGUUUUCCUGGUCCUAGGGGCUUACCUGGACUGAGAGGAGAAAAAGGAGACCAGGGAGAAAAGGGAAGAGACGGUCUCCCAGCAAUGAAAGGUGAAAGAGGAGAAAAGGGUGACACAGGUUCCCCUGGGCCCCCAGGCUUACCUGGAACAACAGCCUUUUUCACCCCACACCCCAGGAUUCCUGGUGAACCUGGACCAAAAGGGGACAAAGGAGAUCGAGGAAUGAGUGGAGAACCUGGAUUACCUGGGGUCCCAGGUGAGCAAGGUGUGCCAGGACCUGCAGGACUACAGGGUGCAAAGGGGGAGAAAGGAGCCAGAGGAGAGGCUGGAGCUCCUGGAGAGACUGGUUUGAGUGGACCAGCAGGGCCACCAGGCCCAAGAGGCUUGCCAGGAAAUGUGGGUGUGCCUGGAGGCCCUGGACUCCCAGGAAAGGCAGGAGAAAAGGGGGAAAAGGGUGAUACUGGUAAAGAUGGAAAAAUAGGCUUACCUGGGCCACCUGGUGAGCCAGGGCAUGCUGGAGAGCCAGGAUUGCCUGGGAAGGGUAAAGAUGGAGAAAGGGGGGAAAGAGGACCACCAGGCUUGCCAGGACCCUUUGGACAUAAGGGUGAGAGGGGAGCUCCUGGCCUCCCUGGACAGCCAGGAGACAGAGGAGUGCCAGGAAUUGGCCUGCCUGGACCCCCUGGCCCUGCAGGACCCCCAGGAGACAAAGGGUCACUGGGUCCCCGUGGUGUACCUGGUAUCCCUGGACCACAGGGGCCUCCUGGCCAGGAUGGUGUACCUGGAAAUCCAGGGGAAAGAGGACCUCCUGGAAAACCUGGUUCCCCACCCCUGCUCACUCCAGAGGACAUAAAUCUCCUAGUAAAGGACGUGUGCAGUGAGUGCCCUCCUGGCCCUCCAGGACUGCCAGGCAUCCCAGGUUUCAAAGGGGAUAAAGGUCUCCGAGGACCACCAGGUAGAGAUGGCCAGGAUGGGAAAAUGGGGAUUGCUGGUCCCAGAGGUCCUCCAGGCCCACCUGGGCUAGAUGGCCCAAAGGGUGCUAAAGGAGACCGUGGUAUGACUGGGGAAGUAGGAGAAAAAGGUGAACAGGGCCACCCUGGAAUGCCUGGCUUCUCAGGGGCUCCUGGAAACCCUGGUCCACCUGGAUCAGAUGGGGCACCAGGACCAAUAGGACCAGCAGGAAACCCAGGAGAUGUGGGCAAAGAUGGUCCCCCCGGUCCACAGGGCCCACCAGGGCUGCCUGGACUUCCAGGCAUUGCUGGGAAUGAUGGCAAAGAUGGCAAACCAGGAUCUCUGGGGGAGCCGGGAAAGCCUGGAGAACAAGGACUCCCAGGCCGGGAGGGUGCCAGAGGAUUGCCGGGUUUCAAAGGACAGAGAGGAGAUACAGGUCCCCCAGGUCCCCGGGGGGAGCCAGGUGUGAUGGGUCCUGCUGGUCGUGAGGGGCCACCAGGGAAGGAUGGUGAUCCUGGUCCCAUAGGACCACAGGGCCCUCGAGGACUCCGAGGGCAGCCGGGCAAAAAUGGAGUGCCUGGAUCUGCAGGAGAGCCUGGCCCAGCUGGUAUCCCAGGUCCCAAAGGAAAUAAAGGAGAAACGGGCAGCCCAGGACUCCCUGGCUUUAUAGGACCCAGAGGACCACCUGGAGAACCAGGAGAGAAAGGUCCUCCUGGAAAAGAGGGCAUGCCAGGGAAACAGGGUGCAAUUGGCUCCAAAGGAGAGAGGGGUGAGCCUGGCAUCAAAGGUGAAAAAGGCCCUCAAGGAGAAAAAGGUCGUCCAGGUGAUCCAGGGAUACCUGGUCAUAAGGGCCAUCCGGGACUGAUGGGUCCCCACGGGCCUCCAGGAGACACUGGGCAAGUUGGACCUCCUGGUCCUCCGGGACAGCCAGGAUUUCCAGGACCAAGGGGAGAACCCCCAUCUCUAGAGACUUUGAGGAGACUCAUCCAAGAGGAGUUAUCCAAGCAGCUAGAUGCAAAGUUACCCUAUAUCCUGGCUCAGAUACAACCUGCACAGGUAAAAGCAUCCCAUGGCAGACCAGGACCUCCUGGUCCCCCUGGGAAGGAAGGACUUCCAGGAAGAACUGGCCCUCCAGGAGAACCUGGCCGGCCUGGACAGACUGGGUCUGAAGGGCCACCUGGACCAAUUGGUCCCAAAGGAGAAAGAGGAGCAAAGGGUGAGAAAGGAGACACUGGCAUUGGCCAACGAGGUGAAAUGGGUCCUCCAGGAAUUCCAGGCCUUCCAGGGGAGCCUGGUUAUGCCAAAGAUGGGAUGCCAGGACCUCCUGGCCCUCAAGGUGAAGCUGGUGUGCCGGGUCUGGCAGGUCCCCAGGGACCCCCCGGAGCAAAUGGACAGUGUGACCCCUCUCAGUGCGCUUACUUUGCAAGCCUGGCUGCCCGGCCCUCCAAUGUCAAAGGGCCAUAG